AUGGAACAUUUGAGACCAUCUCAUGUUUGUUCAGCUGAGAAACUGAGAACGUCCUCUACUGAACAUCUCGUGCUUCGUAUAGUUGCUCAAGAUUCAGUUAAAUUUAUAAUGAUGCGCAAAUCUAACGGAUAUGUAAAUACGACCGACAGUGGUGGAGAAGGUGGGACAUACGCCGUGGAGAAAAUCCUCAAAACUCGCCAAAGGAAAGGAAGACGCGAAUAUUUGAUUAAGUGGGAUGGUUGGCCACUUGAUGAAGCCACAUGGGAAGCUGAAAGUGAUUGUGACUGCGAAGAAGCCAUCAGGGAGUUCUAUAAGAGCGUCACUAUUAAAAAAGAAGAUAAGCAAAAACGGACUGAUGCUUCAAACCGAGGAGCUUCUAUUUCGAGUCGGGAAUUGCGAGGCGCACGUAGGGCAACAUUGGACGAAAUUAAAGGAGUCGUGCCUGAAAAGAAGCGUCGAACCGCAUGCAAGGAGCAGGAAAUAAAGAUCGAAAACUCCGAAAUUCUAUUUAAAAAACAUAGCACUGCACAGCCGAAAGAAGAACCUUCCUCAACUGUUACGACUCCAACUAAAAGAAAGUCGACAGCUACUUCCAAGACCACUACGUCGGCAAAGGCGAAGUCUCAGGGGAAGUCGACAACCGGAGCAAAAAGUGAUCUAAAGAAGUCUCCUCCGGCUCAUAACAUAACAAAACCUUCAACGCGUCGAUCCGAUAAAGCUAAAAAUGCGAGGAGUUUAGGUCUCUCUAACAGUUUUCUACGAUCGGAACCUUCAAAUGCUAGAGCUGAGUCGUAUGAUAGCGAUGAUGGUUCAGCCUGUGUUCGUUUUCUGAAACUGAAGAAGAAAAAAGUAACUGCGGACGUUAGACCUGGUGCUGAUUCACCAUCGCUUUCCGACGAUCGUGUUUACAAAGUUGAACAAGGGCAAGAAAUCGAAAGUAUUGUGGGAGUGAACAGAGACGGAUCUCAUAUCCUUUACGUUGUCUUGUAUAAAGGUACCGCUCCGAAGCACCAGAGAAUGGAGUUCGUUCCUUCCCGAGUCCUUCGCAGCCAUGCUAUGGAGUGCUUUGUGGAUUUCCUCGAGCAACUGGUGAUCAAAAGCACGGCUAGUACGGAAAGUUCGUUGUGA